ACUGAAAAAUGACCUUUGAGACAGUGCUUAUCUGACCCACUGCUAGCUCACCAGCUACAGGUAAUGCUAUUAAACAGGAGAGAAUUUCAAACAACAACACUACAAAAUAGCUAUAUGAUAAGGUAAAGUGAGAUGUUGUCCUUCAUUUCCUGGUUUGUACCAAGUCUACCCACUUGGCUUAUUCCUGAUACAAAUCCUCUACACUGUAUUUUACAAGGAGUUGUUGGUGCAUGUGGGAUCUCAGUGCUUUCCAAACUUUUAAGGGUUUCUUUAUUCGUUGAAGCAGAGAGUAUAGCAGACAGUAAAGAUGACAUUAAAAACAAGCGCAUUCAUAUUGGUGGUCUCACAGGCACAAUCCAGUUCUGGAUUCUGACAGCCACUCUCACCUGUGUGGGUUCUAGAGCUGCAUCACUAGUAGUUCUCGAGUUCUCACUCCGAGCAAUAUCAUCACGCUUGACUUCAUCAGAUCCACUGAGUGAUUCGUUGUUACAGCUACUGGUCCAGUGCCAGUUCUCUUUAGGUUGUGCAUUAAAUUGCAGUCUUUAUUUUCUCCAUGAGGGGGCACCACAAGCUUGGCUAAGUUUCCUCCUUGCUGCAGCACUGAGCUGGUUUUUGGCCCAGCAGUGUUCCAGAUUAUGGCACCACGUAAUCACGAUGUACCCAAUACACAGCACCCAGCGGUACUGUGGGGUCUGUAUUGGCCUCCUGACUUCUGGAACAUCUAUAUUGCCUUUUCUUUGCAGUGCUUUGAUUAUAACGUUUUGCGUGGCUGGCUAUGCCGCCAUAUCGAACAUCAACCAGCACUUUCUGUCAACUACUGAGGCUUUGAGGUUCUGGACACCACUCACAAUCUGCUACACACUUCUCAUCGUCUAUAUGCAUGAGGAACAAAAUCGGCAGGCUAGCGGACAGGCUCUUCUGAACACAGUGAUGGUGCGCCUGGGCGGCUUACUAUUAUUGAUGCUUACUGUAGGAAGGUGGGCAGAUGUGCUCCACAUUCUAUUGUGCUUCAUCGGGGAAGCUGCUUGUUUGCUACCGGCUCAGGAUCUACUGACUAGCACCUCUAAGGAUGUUGCAGAUGUUCCCCGACGAUUUGUCAUAAGAAAUGAAGACCAGAGAAGACGGAUUAAAUCAGACAAACACGACUGAGGCAUAAAAUGCUAAAAGGCAAGACACACAAAGGAAAACUACCAGAAGAUAGAAUGGUUUUAAGAAAAAACAGGAUUUCCAGUCCAGUCAGCCAGUCCACACUCAAAUCUGCUAGCUGUAAUGGCAGCAGGUCAACAGUAUAUCUAUCAAUCAUGCUCUGUAAAACACGGCCUGCAUAAAAACGCAUAUGCUUGACAGAUUAACUACGUUUUAGAAAGUUAGUAUUUCAGAUUUGAAUGUAAAAAAGAUAAACCAUUUGAUAUUUAUUUGAAAAUCUGGCAAGAAAUAUGCAGUUCUGCUGAAACCAUUAGCCUUAAGUCACCAUUAUUUUGAAGACAUUUCAGUCAUUGGCCCAGUGUAUCAUAAUGAUGUACAAUAUUUUAUAAAUGUUUUUCAUAUUACAACUACAACAAUUCUAUACCAUUUCAAAAGUGUUUAUUUUUUUUUAAAAAAAAAGGUGAACACACAUCCCAUUGUAAUGUGCCCAUAUAUCUGUCACCUUGAGCUAAAGCUAAAGGCAAGAAUUCAUGU